AUGGCCACAACUGCACCACCCCCGGCCGCGGGAGGCUCUGGAAAUGCUACCUUCAAGGAUAAGGAGAAGCCUGUCGCCGUUCGCUCUUCCAACAUUGUUGCUGCCAGAGCCGUCGCCGAUGCCAUUCGAACCUCCUUGGGCCCCCGCGGCAUGGACAAGAUGAUUCGCAGCGGAAAGGGCGAGACUAUCAUUACCAACGACGGCAAUACGAUGCUCAAGAGCAUGUCCGUCAUGCACCCGACAGCAAAGAUGUUGGUUAACCUCUCGGCGGCACAGGAUGUGGAGGCAGGAGAUGGUACAACAUCCGUGGUCGUCAUCUGUGGUAGCUUGUUGGGUGCUGCAGACAGACUCUUGUCAAAAGGAAUCCACCCUUCCGUCAUCUCAGAGGCUUUCCAGAGAGCUGCUGCCGCAGCCGUCGAGGUUCUCCACGGCAUGUCACAACCCAUCUCUCUCACCGACACAGCAUCCCUGCUACAGGCAGCCAACACAUCCCUCUCAUCGAAGAUCGUGUCGCAAUACUCCAACAUCCUCGGCCCCAUGGCUGUCAACUCUGUUGUCAAGACCAUUGACCUCAAGACGGCAGACAACGUUGACCUGAAGAACAUCAGAAUCGUCAAGAAGGUUGGCGGAACUAUCGAGGACAGUGAGCUGUCAGAUGGUUUGAUCCUGACGCAGCCCGUUCUCAAGGGUGCGGGCGGUCCCGCGAGAAUCGAGAAGGCAAGGAUCGGUUUGAUUCAGUUCCAGCUCAGCCCUCCUAAGCCCGAUGUCAACGACUACAGGCAGAUGGAUAAGAUCGUGAAGGAAGAGCGUCUUUACCUUCUUAACAUGGUCAAGAAGAUCAAGAAGGCCAAGUGCAACGUCCUUCUCAUCCAGAAGUCCAUCCUCCGCGAUGCUGUCAACGACCUUUCGCUGCACUUCCUUGCCAAGCUUGGUAUUCUCGCCGUUAAGGAUAUCGAGCGCGACGAGAUCGAGUUCAUCUGCAAGUCCACCGGCUGCAAGCCGAUUGCAGACAUCGAUUCCUUUACGGAGGACAAGCUCGGCUCGGCCGACCUCGUCGAGGAGAUCCAGUCCAACGGAGCUCGCAUGGUGAAGGUUACGGGCGCCAAGGCGACUGGCAAGACCGUCUCUGUCGUCGUUCGUGGCGCCAACUCCCUCAUUCUCGAUGAGGCUGAGCGCAGUUUGCACGACGCCCACUGCGUCGUUCGCUGCUUGGUUAAGAAGAAGGCUUUGAUUGCUGGUGGUGGUGCUGCCGAGAUCGAGAUCGCGUCCCAGCUCUCCAAGCGGGCUCGUGAGCUCACUGGUACUGAGGCCAUCUGCUGGAAGGCUUUCGCGGAUGCUAUGGAGGUCAUUCCUACCACUCUGGCUGAGAACGCCGGUCUCAACAGUAUCAAGGUUGUGACUGAGCUUCGUCACAGACACGAGCUUGGCGAGAAGAACGCGGGUGUCAGUAUCAAGUCUGGCGGCGUCAACACCAACAUUUCCAAGGAGAACGUCCUCCAGCCUCUGUUGGUGAGCACUAGCGCCAUCGAGUUGGCCGCUGAGACAGUGAAGAUGAUCCUCAGAAUAGACGACAUCGCUCUCACAAGAUAA